AUGGAAUACAGCAGCAAAACUGAGAUCUACCAGAAAGUGAAGAAGCCACUGCUGGAGCGUCAGCGUCGGGCGCGCAUCAACAAGUGCCUGGACACCUUGAAGACACUUGUCGCCGACCUGCGCGGCGAUGAUGGCAUUCUGCGCAUGGACAAAGCCGAGAUGCUCGAAUCAGCUGUGGUAUUCAUGCGCCAGCAAAAGAUGGGCAAAUCAGUAGCAGCAACAGCAACAGCAACACCAACAACAAAAACAACAACAGCAACAACAACAUCGCCCGCAAUGCCUUUGGAGAACUUCCGCAAUGGGUACAUGAAUGCAGUCAAUGAGGUGUCACGUGUUAUGGCAUCCACACCUGGCAUGAGCGUUGACCUGGGCAAAUCGGUAAUGUCGCAUCUGGGACGCAUCUACAAGAACCUGCAGCAGUUUCAUAAGGCACAAACAAUGUCUGAAUCAGAGUCCGAAUUGAGUAUGAACUGCAACUCGGCGCCACUCAGCCCCGCCUCAUCCGGCUAUCAUAGUGAUUGCGAGAGUCCUGCACCAUCGCCUAUGCCAGUGGAGGCGGAGAAACUGUGGCGCCCCUGGUAA